CUGCACCGGUCCCCUGCAGGGGGGAGGGAGGGGGGCAAGGAGGUGCGGUUGCCAGGGAAACCGGAGGACGCCCGGUAGCCGUCCCCACCGCCUCCGCCCCAGGCAAGGCAGGCAGGCGCCAAGGAAAGCAGCCUCGGGGGAGGAGAAGGAAGAGGGGCAGGUGAAGAGCAGAAACGAGAGGAGGAGGAGGAAGAGGCGUUCAGGGCAGUCCUGGCCCGAUUGAUGGGCGGCUCCUGCGCCCUGUACCGGCCCGCCUGCCCCGCCCCUCGACCCCUUUAGCACCGGCAGGGGAGGAAGGGCAGCCCCACAGGUCGGGGAUUAGGAAUCAUGCUGCCUGAAGCAAGGGCCAGGCAGAGGUUCUUCAGCGAUGUUCAGUAUCUGCGGGACAUGCAGCAUAAGGUGGACUCUGAGUAUCAGGCUUGUUUGAGACAACAGGAAUACAGACGAGACCCAAAUGAGAAGAAACGAGAUCAGUUUCGGGUGCAAGAGACAAGUUUUGAGAGAUCCCGAUUUUCUAGUGGGUCAUCUUCCAAACAGAGUUCUGGUGAGGAGGAUCCUCUAACUGAACCAAGAUUAUCUACCAAGAUAUCUGCAUUUAAGUGUGACUCCAAACUUCCAGCAAUUGACCAAACAUCAGUCAGGCAGAAACAUAAAAGUACCAUGACUGCAAGGAAAGCAGAGAAAGCGGGCCCCAGCAAACCCUCUCCAGACCAGGCACCAAUGGCUUUAUCAAGGAAGAGGAGGCCAAACCUGAGGAGAUUUACAGUCAGCCCAGAAUCAUACAGUGUGAGAGCAUCUGGGGACAUGAGCAGACAGAAACCACAGUGGCUGGCAAAAGGGCUGGCUCCCGGGGGAGCAGAUCAAGUAGUUCGACAAGAAGGCCUGAUGUGUGACACUAAGCUGAAGAGGCCAACUCAAGAGAGAAGAAACUGGCUCCCAUUCUCACAGCCAAUGACUGAGCACCCCCCUGAUAGAGCCAAGAAAGGAGGCCUGAGUGUUCCUUCCCAGAGAGAGCUGCAUCCAGCCCUGCCCCAGGCCUGCCGAGGAACAAAGAGCCCUCAAGUAUUAAGUGAGUCCCCGGGGCCACUACUUAUACCCAGCACCACACGAGGGCCAAGAACAGCAUCAUUUAGGUCCCGAGAUGAGGAUUUUUAUUCCAUUUUAUCAUUGAACAGCAGACGAGAAAGUCAUGACACUGAAAGGGAAACCGAUGUUGGAGAACGUCUGUGGGUUGGUAUGCACUCGCCCCGUUCCCCUUCCAAUCACGAAGGAAGUAGGUUUGGGGGGACGUUAACCCCUCAGGCCGAAAAUAAAAAUUUUGAAGAAAAUACUGAAAAUGGCAGAGGUCAUUCUCUAAGAAGAAGUGCGCCCGGGCAGGGCUCACUAAGAAUAAGCAGUGCAACGGAGCCAGCAACAGAGCGGCAUUCUGUCGCACAAAGGUUGUCCCAAGACCCCAGGCUGUCUGAUAGGGCAUCUGCUAAAGAGGAGGACAGAGGUGGCAGUGAAAAGGCAAAAAAGAGCCCCCUUUUGUGGGACUCCCCAUCCAAACCCAGACAAGAGGAUGGUCUCAAUACUGAAAAUGCAUGGAGUGACUGUGUUUCUAUGGAACAUAGGCCCGGUACCCAUGAUUCUGAAAGAGAUUGGCAAGACUAUUUAAGCAGCUCUAGACGUUCUCUUGACUACUUUUGUUCUGGCAGACCAGCAUCUCCAGGAUCAUCAAUGAAUUCAUCUUAUAACCCUCCUGUAUCAUUCAUGCAUUCUGCUCUGAGAGAUGAUUGUCCCGUAGACUUGUCAAUGUCAUUGACUUCAAUUCACAGCUCAGACUCAGAGGGAAACUCAAGGUUUCAUGUUCACCGACCACUGUCUCCCAUUAGAAAUAGAAAUGCAUUUGCCAGUGCUGAAAAUCACAAUUAUUUCCCAGUAAACAGUGCACACGAAUUUGCUCUCAGGAGAAGAGCAGAAGAUAUUACUUUAACAAGCCAACCUCAGGGGGCUCUACUACAUACAGACCUCUUACUAAAUCCACGGGGCCAUUUGUCCUUAGUAGAUUCCUUCAAUUCCUCUCCAUCAAGAAUGAACUCAGAAGUCCAUUUGCAUGUGUCUGGGUCCUUGCAAGAAAAUAUACCAUUUACUUUCUUUGCAGUAUCUGAUUUCCCAAAUCAAAAUGAUAGUGGGAACAGAAUGGCAGCCUCUGGUUUCACAGAUGAAAAUGAGAUCAGUAAGAUAAAAGCAGACCCUGAGAAACUCAAGAAAUUGCAAGAAAGUCUCCUGGAGGAAGACUCCGAGGAGGAGGGAGACUUGUGUCGCAUCUGUCAGAUAGCCGGGGGUUCCCCGACCAACCCCCUCCUGGAGCCGUGUGGCUGUGUGGGAAGCCUGCAGUUUGUUCAUCAAGAGUGCCUGAAAAAGUGGCUGAAAGUGAAAAUAACAUCAGGAGCAGAUCUUGGUGCCGUGAAGACCUGUGAGAUGUGUAAGCAAGGCCUGCUGGUUGACCUGGGUGACUUUAACAUGACUGAGUUCUGCCAGAAGCACCAGCAAUCUCAGGCACAAAACGAGCUGGUGAAUACAGGCUUGUACCUGGUGCUGCUGCUUCACUUCUAUGAGCAGAGGUUUGCAGAACUCACGAGGCUCAGCCACAGCCAGGUUGAAAGAGAGAGGCCACUUCACAUGGACAAGAGACACCUGCCAUAUGUCAUUACACAUGUAAUUCCUUACCUGGCUGUGGACCCUGCACAAUCAUGGGCUGCUUCCAUCCAUUGAGAGCCAUCCUGUUUAAGAUGCUAGGGCCAGGUGUGGUGGCUCACGCCUGUAAUCCCAGCACUUUGGGAGGUCGAGCUGGGCAGAUGACUUGAGGACAGGAGUUUGAGACCAGCCUGGCCAACAUGGUGAAACCCUGUCUAUACUGAACAUACAAAAAAAUUAGCUAGGUGUGGUGGCGACGCCUGUAAUCCCAGCUACUUGGGAGGUUGAGGCAGGGAAUCACUUGAACCCAGAAGACAGAGGUUGCAGUGAGCUGAGAUUGUGUCACUGUACUCCAGCCUGGGGGACAGAGUGAGACUAUCUCAAAAAAAAAAAAAAAAAAAUGCUGGAUUCAAACCGUUAGUUAUAAGAAACUAGAUUUUUGGCUUCUUUCUCCCUUUAAACAAAACUGGCUGGGGCUCUGCCAAGAUAUCUCCUCAAGAAUCACCCUCCUUGACCCAGGCGUGUCCUUCCUAAACUUUUCCAUGGUUUUAACAGUGACACAAAUUUCUCAGAGAAAUACAUUUUUAAAAAAGGAAAAGUACAAGAAGCAGGACAUGAUCCUUUGUUAACAUUUCUGUAACCUUAUUUUCAUGAUUCCACAUAUUUUAAUGAACUUUUUAUGCACAUUGAACUUCAAAGCAUCCGAGUUGACAUAGGUUACAGAUGGCCCCAAUAGCAGCGAGCCAACGCAAGCAACGUUAGCCACCAGGCCUGCAAAGCAAGCAUGAGAAGGCGAGAAACAGUACAGCCCCAUGGAUAAAGACCAAAGCCCUAAAGCACUGACUCUACAGAAACUUCCAGUAAAUCUGUCCUGGACAAAGAAGAAGUUGCACCAGGCACAAGCUGGGAACCAGAGCACAAAGCAGCAGGAGGGACCAGGGACGCUCUGCUCUUACCACAAGCUCACAUUUAACUGGAGAAAUUCUGAAAUUGAUCUCACCCACUUAGACUACCGAGCAAUAGCAGGUACAGAUAGAUAACCGGUUAAGAGGUUCCCAUGCCAGGUAUGGUGGCUCAUGCCUGUAAUCCCAUUACUCUGGGAGGCCAAGGCAGGCAGAGUGCUUGAGCCCAGGAGUUUAAGACCAGCCUGGGCAACAUCUCUAUUAAAGAUACAAAAAUUAGCCAGGUGAGGUGGCGGGUGCCUGUCAUCUCAGCUACUGGGGAGGCCAAAGCAGGAGAAUCGCUUAAACCCAGGAGGUGGAGAUUGCAGUGAAUGAAGCUUGCGCCAUUGUACUCCAGCCUGGGUAACAAGAGCAAAACUCCAUCUCAAAAAAAAAAAACAAAUUAGCCAGGCAUGGUGGCACAUGACUGUAGUUCUGGCUACUUGGGAGGCUGAGGUGGGAGGAUCACUUGAGCCUGGGGAGGUUGACACUGCAGAGCCGUGAUUGUGCCACUGCACUCCAGCCUGGGUAACAGAGCAAAACCCUUUUUCAAGUUAAAAAAAAAAAGUACCCAAAUGAAAGUAGGAAACCAACUGGCUCUUCUUAAAUUCACACCUCUGUAUUUGCAUUUCAGUAAUUCCUUGUAGAAAACACUCAGAAUCUGACAGGUAACAUUUAGCAAGAGAGAGGCACUAAGUUGGGAAAGAAGCCCUCCUUCCCUCUCCUUUAUCUACCAGAACCAGAGGACUCACUGACAUUGUUUCUUGGCUGUCUCAUUAAGAGAUCUAGUGACAGAUGCCUGGUUUUUGUUUUGUUUUUUCUUUUUUUGGGUUUUGAGACAGACUCUUGCUCUGUCACCCAGGUUGUAGUACAGUGGCACAAUCUCAGCUCACUACAACCUCCACCUCCCAGGUUUAAGUGAUUCUCCUGCCUCAGCCUCCUUAGUAGCUGGGACUAAGGGUGUGCACCACCACACCUGGCUAAUAUACAUAUUUUUAGUAGAGAGAGGGUUUUGCCAUGUUGGCCAGGCUGGUCUCAAACUCCUGACCUCAGGUGAUCUACCCACCUUAACCUCCCAAAGUGCUAGGAUUACAGUUGUGAGCCCCCGCGCCCAGCUGACAAAUGCCUGUUAACGGUGGUGAUCAUUUUCAUCCAUUCAUGCACUGCCCUAUACCAGGUGCUGAGAUGAGGAUCAGGGAAAGAAGUUACUAGGCAUGACGCCAUGACAUCCCUUUCCUUAAGGAGCUUGUGAAGGUGCCGAAAGAGGAGACACACAUUUAUAAAACCAGGAAAUAACUGGAAAGUAGCACCUAUGCAAGAGAACUAGUGGACCCAGUGAAUUCCUAGGUGCUGUGAAAUUGACAACAUAAGCUCUUCCCUAGCUGGGGCUUCCUGCAAUUCCAUAAAGCAACUAUUGUUCAGGCCAGGCACAGUGGCUUACGCCUGUAAUCCCAGCACUUUGGGAGGUGGAGGCAGGAGGAUCACGAAGUCAAGAGAUCGAGACCAGCCUGGCCAACAUGGUGAAACCCCAUCUCUACUAAAAUACAAAAAACUAGCCAGGUGUGGUGGUGUGCACUUGUAGUCCCAGCUUACUCGGGAGGCUGAGGCAGGAGAAUCACUUGAACCCAGGAGGCAGAGGUUGCAGUGAGCCAAGAUCGCACCACUGCACUCUAGCCUGGUGACAGAGCGAGACUCCAUCUCAAAAAAAAAAAAAAACAACCAAUUCGUUUCCUUAGUGAAGUUGUGACUAUUUGAAUGCAAACCCGGGCCAUGCCUGUCUGUCAUGGUGCUGGGCACACAGUAAGUCACGUGUGACUGCUGACCACAUCCCUGGCACUAUGGAUGCCAGGAGCACUGAUUACAGAUGUGUCAAAUGAUUGCCAGAUAAGGAAGUGACCUGCAUGGGUUGGGGGCACUCAUCAACAACUGGGCAUGGGACCUUUAUGUUUUUGUAUCUCACAGGCCUCCAGUACCUAGAAGAUGCCUAGUACCUAAUAGGUGCUCAGUAAGUUUCUGAUGCAUAGUCAACUACUGAAUCAGAACCUAGUUCUUCCACAAGGCAAGCCCUGAGUUAUGUUAUGGAGAAAGUGAUAGUGCAAAAUUUGCACAGAGAACAAUACUCUAGGUAAAGGAAUACUUCCAAGUUCAACAUAUAUUUAUUUACUCAACGAUUUUCUUUCUUUUUUUGAGACAGGGUCUCGCUCUGUUGCCCAGGCUGGAGUUCACUGGUGGGGUCACAGCUCACUGCAGCCUCGAAUGCCUCAGCUCAAGUGAUCCUCCCGCCUCAGCCUCCUGAGUAGUUGAGAUGCACCACUAUCCCUGGCUAAUUUUUUUUUUUUUUUUUUAGAGAUGGGGUCUUGCCAGUUUAGCCAGGCUAGACUUGAAUUCCUGGUCCCAAGAAAUCCUCCCACCUCAGCCUCUAUUCAAAGAUUUUCUGCAAGCCUACUACAUGCUAGCCUCUGGGAAUACAAAGAUGAUUAAGACACUCCUUUCCUAGAAGAGACACAGAGUCUAAGGGCAGAACACAUGGAACCACGAGUAUCCACAAAUGUGCCUGUGUUCUAACAGAAGGUUGAGUCAGACAUGGGGAACACAGAGCACAGUCAGAUGAAAUGGGGAGCCACCAUUCUCGCCCCUCCUUCCACACCUCCUCUAGGACAGACCUCCAGCCAGGCUCUUCAGGGGCAGGUGCCAAUGCUUCUGAGUCCUCGUUUUUCAUCUAAUCAGAUUGUGCCCUUUGCAGUCGGUAUUCCCACUUCUUUGGGAGCCUGGUAGUAAAGCUGCUUCCAUUAUUGUUCUCAUCACUGGAUCUACCGUGGGGAUGACAUUUACCCUGAAUCCUGGAGAGUUUGGCAGAUGGGCAAGGGUAGGUGUGGCAGAAGAGAGAAUUCCAUGCAGAGGGAAAUGGAAAUGCACAGAGACAUGGCAAGACUUGGUUGUUGGGGGAAAGUCAAGGAGCUAUGUGGCCAGGAAGGGCAGAGGAUGAGCCUGAGGUCAGGCAGGGAGUGGGACAGGAAGGGUUUGUGAGCAGCUCUGGAGGCCAUGGGACAGUUUCCAGCCUGGGAUUGGCAGGCCAGGAGAUGUGGCCUUUUUCGGGGAGAACUUGGCCAAGUUUUUGGGGAAAAUUUGGGCAGCCAUAUAGAGGGUGGGUUGGAAAGGAAAGAAAUCAGCCAGGAGGCUGCUGCAAUGGUGCCAGGUAAAAAGGGGGCCUGCGUGGCAAGCAUCACACAUGGGAAGGACAGGGGUGCGCCCCAGGUGAGGGACAGGCUGGUGGAAGCACUGAAUGUUCACCUCUGCAAGUGGCCAGCAGGAAGCUGGCUUUUCCUACCUUCAGAUGCUUGUUGGGAGCAUCUCCAGAGAAGACAGGGCCCACCAGCCUCACGUGACCCCACCUUCAAAGUGAAGCUAAAUGGCCUUGCCUUUCAUCUCCUCCUUCCCUUUCAGCACCCACACGCAGCACUCCAUUUGUCAGGGCCCGUCCCCCAUCCCCCGUGUCCUGGGCUUCCUCCCAGCCCAGGUCUUGUCUCUUAUCUGAUUAUUACAGCAAGCUCCUGGAGUGAGGGCCCACCUUUGUCUUCUGUCCCAGGUGUGCCGUUAAUGGUAAAAAACUUCAGGCUAGAUGCAGGGGAAGGGAGCCCAGGGGCUGGCCGGAGAGGCAGGUAGGGUCUAGAAGCCAUUCUCCAAUACCCCUGAUUCAUUCAUGGGUAGGACUGGAUGGACUGUGGCUACCCCAGCCCCCAUCUACAUUUCUAAAAAACCAAAAGCUCUUUCCUCCAAGGAGCAAAGCAGAUAAACCCAAAACAUGGGAAGCCCAGGUUUGGUCCACAGUUAGAAAAACGUCCCACUCACCAAGAUGCCGUUUUCUGGUGGAACAAGAGUUGGUGAGAUAGAUACGAUCAGCUGGCACGGAAUCUAGAGGCAGGUGGAGGUUGUCUCGGUAGCCCAAGAAACGGAGGCAGUGGCUAGCCCAGUCUUGAUGCAUAAUUAACCAGCUAACCAGGACCUGCUACUCUAGAUGAAAUUCCAUCCUUCCCCUGCCCCGCCCCCUCCUUGGGCACAGAAGAGGUCCCAGGGACUAAAGCUGCCUCCACACUGGCCAGGCAGUUGCCCCAGUAACAGUGUCCAGCACCCCUUGUUUUGUCCCCCCAGCCUGUCACAAAGCCCCUCUUCUUCCUGGGGAAGAGCACCAGGCCCUCUGCACCGGAGCCCACAUCCUUGCAGCCUGGCACAAUGGGCUCCCACGGAGUACACAGUGUUUCUUAUUGUGGCAUAAAAUGCCAUGAAGUCAGAACAAAGAGCAAGCCUAGGGCCUUGAUGGGUCUGCUGCUUCCUGCCGGGCUUAGAAUGCAAGCGAUUGUUUCAAAGCCAGUGGUGAGGCAAGUGGCCAAUUAGCAAGGCCUUCACCCUAGCAGCCUGUAAAUGUAAUUCGGACCAUCAGAAUGAGAUUCGGCUAUUCAGAUCAAUAGCUCAAAGGAAGCAAGCCUGUUCUCACUGCCAAAUUUAGAAGCCCGAGACAGCAAAGGUGACCCAGGUUAUGGCUGCAGCUCUCGUUAGGAUGAGGCUGAGCCCAGCCAACGCUGAGCACCCACCCAACCCUCAGCACCUCCUCCCGUUUCCCUGGCCCUUUAAGGUGGUGUGAGGGAUUCCUAGAACGUCCCUGCAACUAGGAGGUUAUACAUCUGUUCACAACUGCAUUGGAAAAA